UCACGCCAACAACCAACCCAUCCAAAACAAAACGCCGCCGUAACAAACCUCACAUUAGAAUCAUUCUUCCUCUUUUUCCGAUCGAUUCCUACCCUCCACAAUAAUAAUAAUGGAGUCGGACCCAACAAUCAUCUCCUCCUCCAGAGCUUAAGAGCUCAAGAGAGAGAAACCCCAAGAGAGAGAAGUAACAAAGAGAGAGAGAGAGAGAGAGAGAGAGAGAGAGAAAGAGGUCUCACUGUGCCUCUCUCUCUACAUCCGCCCGACACAUGUUGUAUCCAUAUCAAUAUUCGUUUGUAUCUAUGUAUUUCUAGGGGGUUUUUUUUUUUAUGGAGGUCGAGGCGUUAGGGUUGAAUCGGGUCGGGUCGGAGAAGGAUCGCCUUCGCGUGAAGAGGAAGACGUUGGAAGCUGUGCUUCAGAAUUGUCAGAGAGCUCUCGAGUUGCUCGGUAACGCCGACGAUUGCGGCGGCGGUAACGACGACGGCGACUGCAGCGACAGCGAUGUGGAUGCCGCCGAGGCCUCCGGCCGCGAUAAGGAGACGGACGAGUUGUGUGAUCUUCUCAAAUCGAGAGUUGAAUGUCCUGAUUUCCUUGAAAAGCUAGAAAGUGCACAAGCAUCAGCUCCGCAAAAUAUGGCUGAAGAAGGUAGUUCAUGGGACAUGGUCAGCGAUAAUGAUCUAUGGGAAGAAGGAAAUUCCGAGCCGGACCAAGAAGACUAUGUUUUGGUUAGGCAGGAAGAUAUAGUCGAGGGUAUAGCAUGCUUCAUGGCAGCCUACCUGUUAUCCCUUAAACAGACUAAGGAUUUGACUCCUAAUCAACUCCAAGAUGCACUGAGCAAAACAUUCUCUGUGAAGAAGAAAAAGGGAAAGCUUCGAAAGGCUUGGGAUGGGAGCAAAGUCAUUUACAAUGUAGCAUCUUGGGGAGCAACGGCCAUUGGGAUUUACCAAAACCCGGCGCUUCUCAGGGCUGCCUCAGCAGCCUUCUGGACUUCUUGCCAUGUCAUAUCAAAGCUCUUUUAGGGGCUUUUUGCAGAAAGUCUGGUGCUUGGGACUUUGUUGUAUUUGUGCAGUGGUUAAGCCGUGUGGUGUUCCAUAUAAAUUCUGUAACAUAAUCGUCAUUCUUUUCGUGCUACAGUUCCAUUAGUGCUCUGGCCUUAUUUAUAGUCUUGUAAAUAUGCUUCAUUUCUAAUGUGCGGUUUUUUACAUUUCAGAAAGGGUCAUGUUGGUGCAACAAUUCGUGGAAUUUUACACUUAUGAUCAUGCUUUGCCUGAUUUUACAA